AUGACUCCCUCUACGCCUGCUUCACCACACAAAGCGGCCAUUGAACCCUUCAAAUCCCCACUCUCAGGACCCCCUCUGCACCUGCUUCACCAUACACAGCAACCAUUGUACCCUUCCAAUCCCCACUCUCAGGACUCCUUUUGCACCUGCUUCAUCACACAGCAGCCAUUGUACCCUUCCAAUCCCCACUCGCAGGACUCCCUCUGCACCUGCUUCACCACACAGCAGCCAUUGUACCCUUCCAAUCCCCACUCUCAGGACUCCCUCUCCACCAGCUUCACCACACAACGGCCAUUGUACCCUUCCAAUCCCCACUCUCAGGACUCCCUCUCCACCAGCUUCACCACAAAGCAACCAUUGUACCCUUCCAAUCCCCACUCUCAGGACUCCUUUUGCACCUGCUUCACCACACAGCAGCCAUUGUACCCUUCCAAUCCCCACUCUCAGGACUCCUUCUGCACCUGCUUCACCACACAGCAGCCAUUGGACCCUUCCAAUCCCUACUCUCAGGACUCCUUUUGCACCUGCUUCACCACACAGCAGCCAUUGUACCCUUCCAAUCCCCUCUCUCAGGGCUCCUUCUGCACCUGCUUCACCACACAGCAGCCAUUGUACCCUUCCAAUCCCCACUCUCAGGACUCUCUCUGCACCUGCUUCACCACACAGCGGCCAUUGUACUCACACUUCACCACACAGCAGCCAUUGUACCCUUCCAAUCCCCACUCUCAGGACUCCUUCUGCACCUGCUUCACCACACAGCAGCCAUUGUACCCUUCCAAUCCCCACUCUCAGGACUCCUUUUGCACCUGCUUCACCACACAGCAGCCAUUGUACCCUUCCAAUCCCCUCUCUCAGGACUCUCUCUGCACCUGCUUCACCACACAGCAGCCAUUGUACCCUUCCAAUCCCCACUCUCAGGACUCCUUUUGCACCUGCUUCACCACACAGCAGCCAUUGUACCCUUCCAAUCCCCACUCUCAGGACUCCUUCUGCACCUGCUUCACCACACAGCAGCCAUUGUACCCUUCCAAUCCCCUCUCUCAGGACUCCUUCUGCACCUGCUUCACCACACAGCAGCCAUUGUACCCUUCCAAUCCCCACUCUCAGGACUCUCUCUGCACCUGCUUCACCACACAAUGGCCAUUGUACCCUUCCAAUCCCCACUCUCAGGACUCCCUCUGCACCUGCUUCACCACACAGCGGCCAUUGUACUCACACUUCACCACACAGCAGCCAUUGUACCCUUCCAAUCCCCACUCUCAGGACUCCUUCUGCACCUGCUUCACCACACAGCAGCCAUUGUACCCUUCCAAUCCCCACUCUCAGGACUCCUUUUGCACCUGCUUCACCACACAGCAGCCAUUGUACCCUUCCAAUCCCCUCUCUCAGGACUCUCUCUGCACCUGCUUCACCACACAGCAGCCAUUGUACCCUUCCAAUCCCCACUCUCAGGACUCCUUUUGCACCUGCUUCACCACACAGCAGCCAUUGUACCCUUCCAAUCCCCUCUCUCAGGACUCCUUCUGCACCUGCUUCACCACACAGCAGCCAUUGUACCCUUCCAAUCCCCACUCUCAGGACUCUCUCUGCACCUGCUUCACCACACAAUGGCCAUUGUACCCUUCCAAUCCCCACUCUCAGGACUCCCUCUGCACCUGCUUCACCACACAGCGGCCAUUGUACUCACACUUCACCACACAGCAGCCAUUGUACCCUUCCAAUCCCCUCUCUCAGGACUCCUUCUGCACCUGCUUCACCAAACAGCAGCCAUUGUACCCUUCCAAUCCCCACUCUCAGGACUCCCUCUGCACCUGCUUCACCACACAAAGCGGCCAUUGUACCCUUCCAAUCUCCACUCUCAGGACUCCCUCUGCACCUGCUUCACCACAAUGGGUGGAAAGGAGCAACAGAUCGAAAAUAGAAAAUAUUUUUAUUUACAAAAAUAGCAUUAAAAGCACUGAUGACCAUGCCACUUGA